CUAACCACUCUCACCAUUACCAUCAACUGACAUGAACGUCCUACGUUCCAAAAUCAUUAGAAGAAGACGACGAAACAAACAGAAUAAAAUAAAAGAUGUUUUUCACACAGCCACACGCAAAGAAGACUUUCUCGGAGAAACCAAAUAAAUGGCGAUCGCCGUCGUGGAUAAUGAAGCAAUCGCUCCGCUUCUUUCCAAAACCGUUGACGGAUCCGUCGACUCCAGAAAAAAGCCCGCCGUCAGAUCUUCCUCCGGAGGCUGGAGAUCCGCCGGAUUCAUCAUCGGUGUGGAGGUAGCUGAGCGGUUCGCUUACUACGGGAUCUCGUCGAAUCUGAUAACGUAUUUGACGGGACCGCUAGGUCAAUCCACGGCGGCUGCCGCUGCUAACGUCAACGCCUGGUAUGGAACGGCCUCGUUGCUUCCUCUCCUUGGUGCUUUCGUCGCAGAUUCGUUUCUAGGUCGUUUCCGCACAAUCCUCGCCGCUUCAGCUCUCUACGUAUUCGGACUUGGUUUACUGACUCUAUCUGCGAUGAUUCCUUCAGAAUGCAAAGUCGCCUCCUCCUCAUGCUCUCCUCCUAGGUUUCAAGUUAUCACCUUCUUUGGUGCCUUGUAUCUAGUGGCACUUGCUCAAGGCGGGCAUAAGCCUUGUGUUCAGGCUUUUGGAGCGGAUCAGUUUGAUGAGAAGGAUCCUGACGAGUGUAAAGCAAAGAGUUCCUUCUUUAAUUGGUGGUAUUUUGGUAUGUGCUUUGGGACCUUGGUGACUCUAUGGGUGUUGAAUUACAUUCAAGAUAAUCUCAGUUGGGCUCUAGGGUUUGGUAUACCUUGUGUUGCUAUGGUGCUUGCUUUGGUGGUUUUCUUGCUCGGAACCAACACUUACCGGUUCAGCGUUAGAAGAGAAGAUAGAAGCGCUUUUGCGAGGAUUCUGAAUGUUUAUGUAGCUGCUGUCAAGAACUGGAGUGUAUCAGGUUCAGUUGUAGCUGAUGCAGAAGAGAGCCAUGGUUUAAUCUCUCAUACAAGGUCGCAGCAGUUUAGUUUUCUCAACAAAGCUCUGGUUGAAGCGAAUGGUUCUUGUAGCUGUAGUAUAGAUGAACUUGAAGAAGCAAAGUCUGUGCUUAGGCUAGCUCCAAUCUGGUUAACUUGCUUGGUUUACGCGGUUGUAUUCGCGCAGUCUCCAACUUUCUUCACUAAACAAGGAGCCACAAUGGAGAGAUCAAUCACACCUGAUUACAAGAUCUCUCCGGCUACUCUCCAGUCCUUCAUCAGCCUCUCUAUAGUCAUCUUCAUCCCCGUGUACGAUCGUGUACUCAUCCCAAUCGCAAGAUCAUUUACACAUAAACCAGGCGGAAUCACUAUGCUUCAGAGAAUAGGCACAGGGAUAUUCCUCUCUUUUCUUGCUAUGGUAAUUGCUGCUCUAGUGGAGAUGAAAAGGCUUAAAACUGCUGCGGAUUACGGGCUCAUUGAUUCACCAGAAGUUACGGUUCCAAUGAAUGUAUGGUGGUUAGUUCCUCAGUAUGUUCUCUUUGGUAUCUCGGAUGUUUUUACAAUGGUUGGUCUUCAAGAGUUCUUCUACGACCAGGUGCCUAGCGAGCUGAGGAGUGUGGGGUUGGCUCUGUACUUGAGCAUAUUCGGUAUUGGUAGUUUUCUCAGCAGUUUCAUGAUAUCAGUUAUUGAUAAAGCGACGAGCCGAUCUGGUCAAUUGAGUUGGUUCGCAAAUAACCUGAACCAGGCUCAUCUGGAUUACUUUUACUGGUUACUUGCUUGUUUCAGCUUCAUUGCCUUAGCCUCUUACUUGUAUUUUGCAAAGGCCUACGUUUCUAAGAGGGUCAACUCCCUUUAAACUCUAUAUCUCCCUUGUAUAAUGUUGCAGGUACUCUCUUUCUCUCUCACUCUUUGUAAUGUUUAAAUAAAAUUUCAUCACACACCAUUUAUUACG